AUGAAUAAAAGUGAAAUAUUCUCUAGUGACAAUAAUGAUGAAGAUGAUGAAGAAAUUAAAAUCGACCUAAAAAGAAUUUCAGAUGAAUUGCUACAUGAACCAGAAGUCAAAGUUUGUACAACACAUUCAGACAAAUUCAUCCCAGAUGAAUGGCAACAAACUUACCAGCCAGUUCCUGAUAUUAAUCUAAAUAUUUUUAAUCAUUUAACCUUUACGCUUUUAGCUGAUGAAUG